CGUUUCAUUUGAUUUGAUUUUUUGAAUGUCAUUAAGAAGCAGAGGGGGCUGUUUCAAAGACAAAAUGGAUCACUUUGCAGCAGAGUGCCUUGUUUCAAUGUCCAGUCGUGCAGUUGUUCACGCUCCUAAAGGGAACCGGGAGAUUAAACCAGAAAUCCCGUCCUCCUCCAAGAACGGGGAGGACAUUAAAGAGCCUUUGGUGAAAGACAACUCCUCUCUUUUUGUGGUGGCGCGGAUUCUGGCGGAUUUUAACCAGCAGACUCCCGACAACAAUGUUGCCGAGCAGGCAAAAAUAAAGGAUGAGAGCAUGCCGAACCUCAUAGAUGAUGGAAACUCUGCCACACCUACCACCAUCUCCGAUCCUUCGCUCAAACAAAGAGGCAAAAGAGCGAGAGGUCGAACUGAGCAAGAAUCACCUCAGAAAAAGCACAAAUGCCACUAUUCAGGUUGUGAAAAAGUUUAUGGCAAAUCAUCCCACCUCAAAGCUCAUCUAAGGACACAUACAGGAGAACGGCCUUUUCCAUGUACCUGGCCAGACUGCAGUAAGAAGUUCGCUCGCUCCGAUGAGCUGGCCCGCCAUUACCGCACCCACACGGGGGAGAAGAAGUUUGGGUGCCCACUUUGUGACAAGCGCUUCAUGCGCAGCGACCACCUGAUGAAGCACGCCCGGCGCCACUCAGAUUUCCAGCCCGGCAUGCUGAAGAGGCCUCACGGCAGCGGCAGCAACACCACACGUCCCAGCUCCCUCAGCGACUACAGCCGCUCAGAUGCCUCCAGCCCCACCCUCAGCCCCACCCUCAGCCCAGCCAACUCGCCUUAAACUGAAACCCAGUCGCACUUUCCGCCUCCGACCUGCGAGGCCUGUGUUUUCGUCAUAACACUUGUGUUGCACAGUUGUCAGCAACCCCCCCCUUUGUUAUUCCUGCGCUUGCUGUGGUGUACCAUACUGUACAUAACUGCUUAUUGUAGUGCAAUUACUUGUGUGAUCCUAAAAGAAGGUAAUGCCUUUCCCAGAUGGCAAUAUUUACAUUCUGUACCAUGUCUGUAUUUUUUUAGCUUCUGAUGAUGGCUAGUUGUCCAAUGUACGUUCGCAGUCAGCUAAACAAGAUUUGGAAGAAAAACAGACACCCUGACAAAUCUUAUCAAAAUGUUUUGGUUUUUU